AUGGCCGUGUCCUUAUUGGACAGCAGUGGUCUGCCCCACAUGCCCAACGUGUGUGUGGAGAAGGAGGUGACGCUGGUUGCCCAGAGGCAGCCGUGUGUGCAGGCCUUCACACGCAUGGUUAAAGUGUGGAAGCAAGGCUGCGUGGGGCAGCCGUGGUGCAUGGGCUAUGAAAGGAGGACGGCGUACUACACAGCAUACCGACAGGUUUACCGACAGGAUUACCAAACCGUCUACAAGUGCUGCCCUGGAUGGUCUAAGCUAAAUGGAGAGGCAGGUUGUGUAUAUCCGGUGUGCAGCUACGGAGUUUGCUUCAAUGGGGGCCAGUGUCGGGAAGGUUCCACCCAGCUUUGCGACUGUCCUGCAGGGUUCAACGGGCCUAGCUGCCAGUAUGACGUGAAUGAAUGUGAAGAGACCAAUGGAGGCUGUGAGGCUCUCUGCUGUAACACAAUCGGAAGCUUCUACUGCAGGUGUCCUCCGGGACAGAAACUAAAUGAAGAUGGAAAAACAUGUCAAGCCAUGGCUCUGGCAUCUGGAUGGUGGAUUUUCUCUCUGGUGCUCAUGGAAGCGAUCGCCUGCCUGGCUGCAAACUACCCACAUAUUUACUUUAGAAGGAUUUGCUAUAGACCUCACUGUUAUCAUGGAAACCAUGGCUACAAUCUUGGCUACCUGGCACCAGAUAUCGACGAAUGCCAGGUCCUUAACGGAGGCUGCCAGCACAAAUGCAUUAACACCAGGGGCUCUUACUACUGUCAGUGCCACCCUGGUUCUCGCCUUCAUGUGGAUGGCCGCACAUGCCUCGCCGUCCACACAUGUGCCAUCAGCAACGGGGGAUGUGAACACUAUUGUGUGCAGCAGUCUGCUGCUCAUUUCCGCUGCCGAUGCAAGCCAAAUUAUACACUGGCAGAGAAUGGCAAGCACUGUAAACUGCAGGACCCUUGUGCAGAUCAGAACGGAGGCUGUAUGCACGAGUGUCGGGUGGAUGGAGGCAGGGCUCACUGUGACUGUAAGGUGGGCUACGUGCUGGCUGACGACGGGAAAACCUGUGAAGAUAUUGAUGAGUGUGAGACAGAAGAGGCCAACUGUGCUCAUGGCUGCCACAACACUCUGGGUUCUUACACCUGCGUAUGUAACGCAGCCUAUGAGCUGGGAUCUGAUGGAAAACAGUGUUACAGGAUUGAGAUGGAGAUAGUGAACAGCUGCGAGAACAACAACGGUGGAUGUUCACAUCACUGCCAGCAUUCAACCAGUGGGCCUGUUUGCACCUGUAACCAUGGUUACAGACUAGAUGAUGACCUCAAAACUUGUGUUGAUGUUGACGAGUGUGGCGGGAAGAGCUCCUGUUGUGAGCAGGACUGCACAAACUACCCCGGCGGUUAUGAAUGCUACUGCUUAGCAGGCUACAGGCUGAGCUCAGAUGGUUGUAGCUGUGACGAUGUGGAUGAGUGUCUGGCCGCUAAUGGUGGCUGCGAUCACACCUGCCAGAACAACGCCGGCUCCUUCCAGUGCUUCUGCUACAGGGGAUUUCGGCUGGCCGAGGACCGGCAGUCCUGCAUCCCACUAGAAGGCGCCAUCGAGGCCCUCUCUAGCGGAGGGGCCAUCGAGGUGCCCCUGGUCCAACCCCGGCUCACCUUGCUCGAGGACUAUGGUCAGCCCCUGGAGCGCUAUGACGACUACGAAGACGACGAAGGGGAGCUGAGGGCCGAGAGCAUCCUGGCAGAGAAAUUCGUGUGCUUGGAUGACACUUUCGGCAGCGACUGCAGCCUGACAUGUGACGACUGCACCAACGGGGGAAAAUGCAAUAUUUGGCAAAGUGGCUGCGAUUGCCCUGACGGAUGGACAGGCAUCAUCUGCAACCAGACGUGCCCUGAGGAGUAUUUUGGUAAAAACUGCUCCCUUCCCUGUAAGUGUAAAAACGGUGCCAGCUGUGAUCCGGUCAAUGGAAGCUGCCGCUGCCCUCCCGGUGUGAGCGGAGACUUGUGCCAGGAUGGCUGUCCUAAAGGCUUUUAUGGGAAACAGUGCAACAAGAGAUGCAACUGUGCCAAUAAUGGCCGCUGCCACCGGACCUACGGAGCCUGUCUGUGUGAUCCCGGACUCUACGGACGCUUCUGUCACCUCCCCUGUCCUAAAUGGACCUUCGGACCGGGCUGCUCCAAAGAGUGUCAGUGUGACCAGAAAAACUCCAAGGAAUGUCACCGUCGCCAUGGCACCUGUGUCUGUAAACCUGGUUAUCAGGGUGGCAGCUGCAAGGAAGAGUGCAGACCUGGUACAUAUGGGGCCGGAUGUGAGAAGAAGUGUGUCUGUCCACCCGGGGUGUCAUGUGAUCAUGUGACAGGACGGUGCCAAAGAAAAUGCCCUGCUGGUCGUCAUGGCGACAACUGCGAUCAAGAGUGUCCAGACGGGAGGUUUGGUGUCGGCUGCGUCCAGCCCUGUAACUGCAGCGGCGCUCCCUGUGACCCGGUGACAGGGCGGUGUGACUGUCCUGCCGGUACUUUUGGGCAGCACUGCGAGAAUGUGUGCCCCGAGGGCCUCUGGGGUCCAGGCUGCACGGAGAGCUGCCCCGCUUGUGAGAACGGCGGCGUGUGUGAUAAACACAACGGCUCAUGUAACUGUCCUCCAGGAUUUAUUGGAAGACUGUGUCAAAACUUGUGCCCGAUUGGACGUUUUGGUCAAAGAUGCCACAUGAAAUGUGUCUGUGAGAACAAUGCCCGCUGCGAUCCGGUCAGUGGCCGGUGUAGCUGUGCUCCUGGCUGGACGGGUCACAACUGUAGGAAAGCCUGCGAUGCAGGACACUGGGGAGCCGACUGUUCAGAAAUCUGCGACUGCAGAAACGGAGACGGCAGCUGUGACCCUGUGACGGGCCUGUGCAACUGCGAGGCUGGUUUCACUGGAACACACUGCCAUCAGAAGUGCCCGGCAGGUACGUUUGGUCUUGGCUGUCGACAUCGGUGUCAGUGUGAAAACAAGGCAUUGUGUGACCAUGUGAGUGGAGCGUGUACCUGCCAGCUGGGAUGGACAGGCACCUUCUGUGAAAAGCCCUGUCCUCAGGGUUUCCACGGCCUAGACUGUCAGGAGAAGUGUUUGUGUCAGAAUGGUGGGAGCUGCGAUCACAUCCGCGGUGCUUGUGCCUGUCCUGCCGGCUGGAUCGGCCCAUUCUGCAACCUGACAUGCCCAGCUGGUUUCUACGGGGAGGGAUGUAACCAAACCUGUGGCUGCCGUAACGGUGGCAUCUGCCACCCGGCCAGCGGGCAGUGUGUGUGCACGGCCGGCUGGACCGGGCCCAACUGCACAGAGGAAUGCCCCGCUGGAUUUUACGGCGCAGACUGCCGACAGCGCUGCCUGUGCCAGAAUGGAGCCGCUUGUAACAAGACUGAUGGGAAUUGUGCGUGUGUCAGCGGGUGGACGGGGACGGCCUGCGAACAGGAGUGUGGCGUGGGCGCUUUCGGGGCGGACUGCCAGCAGCGGUGUGACUGUGCGAACGGCGGCCAGUGCGACAGGAAAACGGGCCGCUGCAGCUGCGGCGCCGGGUGGAUGGGGGAGCGCUGUGAGAGAGCCUGCGAAGCAGGCCUCUUUGGCCAUGGCUGCAAGGAGCGCUGUCAGUGUGCGCACGGGGCUUCAUGUCAUCAUGUGAGCGGAGAGUGUCAGUGUCCACCAGGAUGGAGAGGGAAACUCUGUGACAAAGCGUGUUUGCCCGGUUCGUAUGGGGCCGGCUGCACGCGGCGCUGCAGCUGUGCUCAGGGAACAUCCUGCCACCACGUCUCCGGAGAGUGCGGCUGUCCUCCUGGAUUCACCGGCAACGGCUGUGAACAAACUUGUCUCCCAGGAACAUUCGGACAGAACUGUAACCAGGUCUGCCAGUGCUCAGAGACCAACCAGCUCUGCCACCCGGUGUCUGGAACAUGCUACUGCGCCUCCGGUUUCCACGGCCCCAAAUGCGACCAGGUUUGUAGACAGGGCCGUUACGGCCCCGGCUGUGAGCGAGAGUGUCGCUGCCAAAACGGAGGGAAGUGCGUCCCCUCAACCGGCGCCUGCGAAUGUCCAGCAGGAUUCAUUGGGCCCAGCUGCAGCGUGGCGUGCCCAGCCGGGCGUUACGGAGUGGACUGUGCCCGCCUGUCGCCGUGCGGAGACGGAGCCCAGAGCGACCCGGUCACAGGCCGCUGCCAGUGCACCCCAGGACGCCGAGGGGAGGGCUGCAGAGAAGGCUGCCCGGCGGGCUGGUUCGGGGCAGACUGCGCCCGGCGCUGCAACUGCAGUAACGGAGGGGCGUGUGACUCAGAGACCGGAAACUGUAGCUGCGCUCUGGGCUGGACGGGCGAACGCUGCACCACAGAGUGUCCCGCGGGUCGAUUUGGUGCCGGCUGUCAGCUGAAAUGUAACUGUCAAAACAACGGCUCCUGUGACGGCGUGACGGGGGCGUGCCAGUGCGGCCCGGGGUUCUACGGACAGCUGUGUGAACACGCCUGCCCCCCCGCAUUUUACGGCCCGCUGUGUCAGCUGCAGUGCGACUGCAUGAACGGCGCCUGGUGUCACCCCGUGUCAGGCCGCUGCAUCUGUCCUCCAGGAUACCACGGAGGGCGCUGUCACCGAGUGUGUGAACCGGGCAGCUACGGGCCAGGCUGCGCCGAGGCGUGCGACUGUGAAGAAGACGCUGCCUGCGAUCCCGUGACAGGAAGAUGCCUCUGCCCCUCGGGGAAGACUGGACCCAGAUGUGACACUGACUGCAGAGCCGGUCGUUACGGGCCCGACUGCACGGAGGCCUGCGAGUGUGGAAACGGGGCGCAGUGCGACGGGCGCAGCGGGCGCUGUCGCUGCCUGCACAGCUGGACGGGACUGUCCUGUCAGGAAGGUGGACCCCCGCAUAACACCUCUGGGAGCGGCAGAGGGGACUCGCACCACGACAACUCAUUAUAGCAGCUCCAAGUGGCAGGAAAGCCUAAAGUGGGACAGGACGAGCACAUUUCCCUCUUAAGUGACUCAAGAGAGAACACUGCUGACAAGAAGCUGCAGCAGCUGGAAGACCCAGGGAGGCGGACUCUGAUGAAAACUGCUGCUCCUAACGAGGGCCAGGCAGGAUUUUGUAGGAGUAUAUGGGUGUGUGUGCCAAAGAGUGCGAUCCCUCUGCCUAAUGGCAACCUGUGGAGCAUCAGGAUGAGAAUGUCCACAUUUCCACGUCCACAGUGUAUCAUCAAGAGACUGCAGCUGCUUUCACUGCACAUUUAGUACUCUAUUGAAUUAUCUUUGCCCUCAAAAUGCCUUUUUUCAGGUAAUGUAUAUAUAAAUCCUUCAAAAUGACACUGAAGCCAUUUUGAAAAGGACAUUCCUCCAUUUUGAAUUUAUUUUUCCAUGUCAACAAAAUGAAGUAUGAUCUUUACCUUAAUGGUGCUUCACUCAUUCAAUUUUUUAUUUUCCUCCCAUGUCGCAUAAGAAGAAAGCGUGCAUUCAUGUGCACCUUCUGUAAAGGUCCAGCAGCUUUGUUCUUUAAUGGGUUUUCUGUAUAAAUUGCUUGGUAUUUAUAUUUAACAUGGUUGUUUGCAUUUGAACAUGCCAUGAGUUUAAGGCUUAACUACUUUUUUUUUAACCAUAGAUAAACCCACCAUGAAUCACAAAUAAAGACAGACACCUCCAGGUUUGGUUUACCAUUCUUAUUUUUAUCAUUAAUUCAUUUUCAUUGAAGAUCACAGCUGUACAUCCUGUCUAAAGUUUUGAUUCAAGCACAGUGCAGAUAGCAACGCCUGCAAAAGAAAAUUCAAAUGAAGAGAAAAAAGGCAGAGGUGAUCACAACCAUUAAUAUGUACAAAGAUCAGUAUGUACAGGCUUCUCUCCAUGUCCCCCUCAGAGUGAACUCAGUACACCGCUGCAUUUUUCAGAAUGCGAUCACAACACAAGAAAUUGCUUAUUUUUGUCAGUCUAAAAGUUGAUACAAUACUGACAGGAAAAUGCAGCAUGAUGGAAAAAAUAACAGUUCUUUAUACUCUCUCUACAGCAUUAAAGGCUAAAACAUAAAAAUAUAUUCUCUGUAUCACCUAAUCUCCAUCUGCGGUCUGUUUCAUGUCAUCAGAAUGUCAUCAGAGCAAACAUGAAACUAGGACCUCUUAAAGCAUUAAAUUCUCUUGCACAGGUAAGGGCAACACAAACACACACACGCGCGCACACACACGAUUGGGCCGCCCACAUGAGGUUAUUACUACAGACGUGCGUCAAAACCACAGUAUGUUUGUGGAGUAGGAAAUAACCUCACAAAACACAUUUCAAAGGAAAAGAGACAGCUCAGGAAAUGUCUACCAAAUUCCUUGCCAGAUGAGAGGAUUGAAACCACUAUCAUAGCUGGCUGCUAAAUAUGACGUUACACUCAGAAGUCUGCUGGAUUAGAUUAGCAUAAAGACCUGGGCCGUGCAGCUAAAAAACAAAAAAAAAAACACAGCCCGUCUGACGGCACGUCCAAAGCUCACUUUGAAAUGUAUCAGGAGUUACAGGGAGGCUUUAUGAAGCCACCGACUGAGAACGGGAGCAGGAAUCCCUGUGUGCUUCCAGUGUUUCAUCACAGCUGAGGCCCGGGCCACGCUCAGCUGUGGUGGAGAAGGUGGGAUCUGAGCUGCUGCUUCACGUCUCUCCAAAGUUCUAGCCGCUCAGUCUCGGAUGGUAGCUGGAGAAAAAGGCAGCCAAUAGGCUUUGAGAACAGACUGACCUCUGUUCAUAGCCACCAGAACCAUCUUUACCAAACUCUGUGCGGAGCCCAAAUUAGAACCUUUACAAGUCUUUCCCUUUUCGCAUCGGACGCCAUCAGUAUAAAAGGAACCAUGUUGUGUGAAAGAUGUCAUUUAAGAUGUCAUCAAGUCAUUUCUUU